AUGACUUGGAACUUUUCUGAAGCAGGUCAUGGAAAAAGAGCUCCAGACAGUAUUGGUGAAGUGAUAAAAUCUGCUAAUCGAUUAGUGGCUUUAGGAGAAGAUAUUCAUGAUCCUAAAUGUCUAGUUGAGCAAGUAUCAAAUCGUUGCUCUGGAAUUCAGUUACAAGUUGUCACUGAAGACUCUUUUCAAAAAAUUGAGAGCGAAUGCUCAGUUCCAAAUGAUUUCAAAGCUUUCAAAGGAACUAUGUCCAUUCAACAAAUAACUUGGAAUGCAAAUAAAUCUAAUACCGUAUUAUUCAAAAGACUUAGCUGCCUGCAUUGUUCGAGCUCAGAAAUCUGUUCUCACUGCCACUUAGUUGAAAUGGUUGUGCCUAUCAGAUCCGAAAGAAUCAGAGACAGUGAAGUAUACAGUUCCAGCUCUGAUGAAAGUUCUUCUUUCACCGAUGAAAAGCACGAUUUUAAAAGUCCUACUGUUAGAGAUUCAAGAUGA